CAACGACUCCUUUAGAUUUAAUUAAUGAAAAUCAACAAACUAAGGCAAAUUUCGUUGAAACAAUGAAAAUCAUUAAAAGACAAACAGCAAGACAGAAAGAUAUAUCCACCAUUCCACCAUCAUCAUUAACAACUACAACUUCUCCAAUCAACACCACUAAUACAGUAAAAAUAGAGGAAGAAUUGUCAAAUUUUUCCGAUUAUUCAAUAGAACAAAUAUUAAAGGAUCGAUCAAUUUAUCUAGCAUGUAAAUUAAAACAAAAAUUAUCCACAAUGUUUGAUGGGUGUCAAUUAAUUUUACCAGAAUCAACAAAAAUCAUUACUACCAAUGCAACUUCUUUUUCCUCUUCGAGAUCUCAAUUUACACAAAUCCCUCUGACUGAUUUUACUAAAACUUUAGCAGAUCGUAUUUACACUUAUUUAUUCUUCACCACAUCAUCAAUCCUAUCACCGAAUCAUCCAGCACGUCUUAAAAUCCUAUCAAUUCUAUCCGACCAAUUAUCACUCCAAGGCGACGCUCAACUAGCAAACAAAUCUUUUGGUGAAUUAUCAUUUUUCACAAUGAGAUUCACCCUCGAUCAUUACUUUAAACAUUCAAUAUUACCAUGUCAAAAAACAUUAAUUGUAGAAAAAGCGAGAAAUAUUAUAGAGAAAAGUGUUGAAAGUGAGAAUAAGUUGAGUGAAAGUGAAAGAACUUGUAUGUAUAGUUUUCAUAAAUUAAUGAGUGGAAUCGAUUGGGAUGAUGAAAAUAUAAAGGUUAACUUAAUGUUUGCAUAA